AUGAGCAGUAACCAGAACGUGGAACCUACUUCUUUAGGUAUAAAUGUUACAUCGAAACUGUACGACCCUUAUCACUUAGAUAGAGCAACUGGAGCUCAUUGUUCAGAAUCUCGGCAAGGCUUUGAAUUGUCGAGUAUUUAUUUCUGUAAAAGAGAUAAUACCCAAGAGGUCCAAACUGAUUAUUUACCUGGAGUAGAAGCAGAAUAUAGUCUUGCGAGAAGCCUUACAUGCAAUGAAGGGACAAAUACUGAAAGGAGUUCCAUUCCUAUAGUAAAUUCGACAGAUCAAGCCCAAAAGUCAAAGAGCACGUCUGACUUGGAAAACCAGAGCGAAAGCUCAAAUUGUGACGAUAAAGAUCCACCGAAAGAUGAAGGAUUCGCGUGGGUGGUAGCAGUAUGCGCGAUGCUAGCCGUUUUCUGUACCUGGGGCUCUAAUGCAGGGUAUGGUGUCUUCCUUUCAUACUACAUUUCAUCGGAUACGUUCGCUGGGGCAACUCGAUACGACUAUGCAUUGAUUGGUGGUAUGAUUCUCUGCUUUGCCCAGUUGUUAGCACCGGUCUGUGCUUUAUGCUAUAGGGUAUUUGGGCCAUUUUACACAUCAUAUUUUGGGGUGGUAUUACAGACCUUGGGGUACUUAUUAGCAUCCUUUGCUACUAAAAGGUGGCAACUAUACUGCACUCAGGGGUUUCUAGUGGGCGUAUCGUUCCUGUUUGUUUAUCUACCUGGAACUUUAAUGAUAUCCACCUGGUUCGAGAAGAGAAAAGCAACAGCCAUGGGAAUAGCUUUCUCUGGUGUAGGUCUCGGUGGUGUAUUUUUUUCCUUGGUAGUUCGAAAGAUAAUAAGUGAAACAGGAGAUCAAAGGUGGGCUCUAAGAAUGAGUGCUUUUGUUGCGGGCUCUGUAGCUCUUAUUGCUUGUAGUAUUAUGAAACCAAGGAAUUACAAACCUUUACCCUUUAAACUUACAUUAAGCAAAGAAUUCAUCUACACUAAUGCUAAGUACAUUUUCUCAGUUAGUGUAUUCAAAGAUUAUGCACUUGUCCUAUUAGGGGUUUGGUUCGGAAUAUGUACCAUAGGUUAUAUGUUAGUUCUCUUUACUAUUUCGUCAUACGGAAUACUGGUGGGCUUAAGUGCGUAUCAAGGAUCCAUUUUGACUGCCGUGCUAAAUGCCGGCCAAGUCAUUGGAAGACCUUCCUGUGGUCUCGUUGCAGACAAGUUUGGCAGAUUCAACUUUGCCAUUGUCAAUUGCCUUGUCAUUACUGUAUUGAUAUUAGCAUUUUGGAUAAACGCUACAUCUUUUGGUUCACUAUUAGCUUUUAGUGUACUUAUGGGUUCGACCAUUGGUGUGGGAAGUUUGUUUUGUCAAUCAUUGGCUUCAGAUAUUUUGCAGAACAUGGAGAAUUUACCAGCUGCAUGGUCUGGAUUGAAUAUGAUUGUCCUGUUGUUCUCUAUUGGAACUGAAGUAUUUGCAUUUGCAUUAAAGAAAGAUGGAGCAACGAGCCCCUAUUUGCAUACGCAGAUAUUCGGAGGUGUUUGUUUCUUCUUUAGUGCUCUACUAUUGUGUGUUAUGAGGGAGAAGGUUGUCAAAAUGAAAUUUGUGGCAAGCUUGGACGGAGAUAGAAAGCUUCAUCGUGAGAAAGCCAGCUUUAAGGAAUCUUCGAAUGAUACCAGUCAAGUUGAUAUAUUUGAGGUAGACAAAAUACAAUUGAGGAUAGACAGGUAUGAACUUCUCACUUGCAACAAUUCCAUAAAGAGUUACUUCGUCAGGAUGUUUUAUCCAAUCAAGGUAUAA